UUUUUUCUUAAAAGGAGAAACUAAAAGUAGAAAAUUAAAUAAAAAAAAAAAAAAGGGACCCUCGUCAUCAUCCCUCUCCAUCUUCAACCCGCCGCUGCUGCCUUCAGAAUUUUCAGCGAAAUGACCCUCGUCGUCUCCAUCAAUUUCCUAAGACUUCAUCCUUUCCUAAUUUUCCACCACUUCUUCUCUUGUUUCCAAGCCCCUUCAAUUCUUCUUGAAUUUAGUCUGAGAAAUCCUCUAUUCCAACAAUUAAAAAAAAUAAAAAAAAUGCGCCAUUCUCAAAUUCUAACAAUCUAGUACAUAUUGUACAAACUCAAACAACAUAUACUGUUAUGAUCUGCAGUAGUAUUAUAGAAAUAAAAGGAAGUUAUCCAGUACAAUUAAACACGUGGAGGGCACAAAUUAUUUUUCCAAUUAAUGAAGAUCAACGGUGUAGAUGAGGAGGGAGGAAUCCUAUAAAUAACCGACUAGAAGCUACAGUGCAACUAACGAAUUUCUGGUUCUGUUCACCAUUGGAGACCUAAUCUAUCUUCAAUUAAUCCUUCAUUUUGCUUCAUUUCUUUAUUAUAAUUUUCCAUAUAGUUGAGUAAUAGAAAACCCAGAAAAUCGUCUCAAAAAUCUGUAUUAGUUACUUUUAAUUACUGCCCAGCCUAUUACAAAUUGGCAUCAGAGCUUCGAUCCUGCGAAUAUUGACGCCAUUACUGUUAAUGAAGGUACAUGACUCAAGGUCCUUGAUGAGAGAACUAGUAAGAAUGAGGAAACUAUGGUGAAGCACGGUGAGCUGUUGGAACAACUAACAGCUAAAAUCGGGGAAAUCGCAGCAUCACAUAUAUCCUUAGCUAGAGAACAUACCGGAGUGGCUCAGACUUUGGGACAGAUCUCGGCGAGAUUGGAUGCGAUUGAAAAAAAUCAGAGAGCAGCCCGAGAGGUGGACCAGGGUAAUGGGUUAUUGCCAGCACCAGCGAUUGAAAGGAGACCCAAUAGGCAAGGUGAUGCUGGGCAACCUCCACUACCACCAGAUGGUCGUGCUAAUCGACAACAAGGUUGGCAAUUCCCUAUUCCUAAACUAGAAUUUCCAUUAUUUUAGGGAACUGAACCAAAGAAGUGGGUGAGGCGAUGUGAGAAUUUUUUUGAUGUUUUCCAUAUUAAUGAAGAUCAGAAGAUUGAGAUAGCAUCAAUUUACCUUGUUGGAACUGCUGAAUCGUGGUACCAAUCUGCUUAUUUAGAAGGAGGUUUCGACUAUUGGGAAUUGUUCAGGGAUAAAAUAUGUGAUAGGUUUGGGGAUGAACCUUCAGAGGAUGUUGUUGAAAGCUUCAAUACACUGAGACAAACUGGAAUAGUUGAAGAAUUCCUUGUUAAUUUUGAAGUUAUGAAGGCACAAAUGUUGAUAAGGAACCCCGCUCUUAUUGAUUCCCAUUUCCUAUCCAGUUUCAUUAGAUUCCUUAAGGAUGAAAUCAAAAUGACAUUAAAACUCUUAAAACCAAAAAAUCUGAAGGCUGCUAUUGAGAUGACAAGAGUGCCAGAGAAAAACCUAAAAGCCUUAGAAAGGAAGAGCCAGGCUAAUGCUAAGACUACUCAUGGAUGGAAUGCCACAGGAGGGACUAAGGUCAAUCUACCAGUGAAUCCAGUUAGAUCUAUGAGUCUUGCUAAAGGUGGUAAUUCCAAGCCCAACACUUAUAGAGUUAGUCAAGAAGUUUAUGACUAUAGGAGAGCUAAUCGCCUUUGUUAUAGAUGCGGAGAGAAAUAUAUCCCUGGUCAUCAGUGUAAAUUCAAGCAGUUAAACUGCAUUAUUGGUGAGACUGGUGAGGCCAUCGGAGAGCAAGAGGAAAAUCUGGUAGAAAUGCAGUGUGUGGGAGAAAUUGAAGAAGCGGAUAAGGAACAGGUGAUGCAAGAGGCUGUAUGCAUGACUGCAUUAUCCGGAAGCAAUCACGGGGUUAACACAAUUCUGGUGAAGGCUGCAGUAAAAAAGAGGGGCUUAACAGUGUUGAUUGACUCGGACAACACUCAUAGUUUCAUUGAUGCUCAAACAGUGAAGGACGUGGGGUUUGUAGUUGCUUAUACACCUCCUAUUUGUUAUACCCCAUUUUAACCGGGCUAAAUUAGAAGUACAACAUAUUGGAGAUUCCUGUUUUUUGUUGGUUUGUUUUAAGGAGUCGCCACCUAAUUAUUUAUGGUGAAUUAGGACACCUAAAGUUAAAUAAAGUGAUUAUCCUAAGUUGAUUUUA